AUCGUCUUCCCGUCUCCCAAUCCCAGCUGCGCGCGCCCGUGGACUUGUCCUGCCAUGGAAGGCCUCAUCCCGUUCAUCUACAGGGCCGUCGUGCGGUACAGGAAGGAGGAAGGGCGGGUCUCCCUCGGCGACCUCUUCUUCGACGAGCCCUCCUCGCCGACGUCCUACUUCCGUCUCCCGGGCGGCGCCGACUCCGCCCGGUACCAGCAGGUGACGUCGAGCGACCUGUUGACAUCCCAGACGACUACGUCGACGGCCAGCUCCGGUGCAGCCGGCGUGGCGCGACGACGCUCUCCGAUGAGGUGCCCGUCGCACCGCCGGCGCCCGGUCUCCCCGGACCCGUGACUCGAUCGUGAAGUGAAGCUAGCCGCCCGUGAGGCAAAAAAAGAAAAGCAAGCGAAGGUUUGUUUGCUCAUGGCCUCACGUAGCAGAUGGAGCGUGUGGUAUACGUAGUAUGAGGAUGAUGCUGAGUAAUUGUGAAUAUUAGCCUCUAAGUAGCUGCGUGUAAGUGUACAUAAAUUCUUCAUCUUUUUUUACUGUGGUCAUCUGUAAUGUAAUGUAAUGGAUGGAUGGGUGCAGGAGGUACUCCAAAAGGAGAGGCUUUGUGCCUUGGAGUGAAAACUGUGUGUAAUUCGUUGGAAUAAAUAUGCCAGGCAAACGAUGAAACGCAUGGAUUUUAAUUCAGAAAUCCAUGCUUUUUU